GAGUAAUGAAAUUUUCUGCGUUCAAUCCAUCCACAAUCAACAAAGAUUUUAUUUUCGAGUUGCUGGCAACACUGUGCAACUGCAUAUACAGUUUACUUCGCUUACAGGCAGUUUACUAUUUACGCAGCCUGUCGAAGCCUAAGUCCUUGAGGACUUUGGCGCCGCUUGCGUAGUUCCUGCAUUGCUCUGCAUUUGGAACUCCCUCUGCAACUCCCUAUCGUCUCAGAAACAUGACCGAACAAGAGGAUGGUAGUGAUCCUCCCCCUCCCACAUUAUCAUGGGAAGACAAAGCACGGGAAGAGCAACAGCGUUACUUGGAGCUUUUAGGCACACGGGAGUAUGACUCUUAUAGAAGAAGAAUGCCCUCUAUUUGUAACCUUCUCCUUAAUGGGUUUUGUAAAUGUCAUGAAGAUGAUGAUGGAAUGUGUGACAAUGAGUCUGAAAUGGUAGCAUUGAGGACAAAAAUAGGCUUUGCGCUAUGUGGGCAGCCUACAACCAUUCCUUCUGAAGAAAACUGUUUUACAGGGUACUCAGGAGAUAAAUUAAAAACCAUUUCUAAAGUUUUUGACCAAAUUGUUAACAGGCAACAUCGUAACACUGUCUUGAUGGGUACCAUUUUCAUUUCUUUAGAAAAAAUGGAUGGUAGUGAUGUUUUAAGUAUUCCCAUAUUUCGCAUCCCAAACCCUGACAUUCAGGAGGAAUAUUGGUUUGUAGAUCCGUCCGGAAGACUUUACAAGAAUUGGAAUGAUUUUCUUCAAAACAACAAGCUGUAUAAGUCAAAAUGUUGCUUCCCAAAAGAUGGAGUUUAUGGUGGAGAUUCUGAGGGCAAGGUUGAAGUAGAUUUUGGACUGACACCUGCAUCCACAUUAACUGGGAAAGUGAUAAGCUAUGUAGACACAGCAGCAACUGUUGGAUCAAUUGCAGCUGGUAUUUGCAUGUUUUUUCCGCCUAUGGCUUUACCUAGUGCUGCUGCCUGUGGUGUGGUGUCAUUUUACAGCACUGUUCGAGGUUCCAUGGAAUUAGCAGAUAGAAGCACCCAUGGACAAAGCUUGACGGACAGAGAAGCUGGCAGGCAGUGGUUGUCUUUAGCAGGCACUGCGCUUGGUCUUGGCAGUGCAGGAGGAAUGGCUGCAGUGAAGAUAAUGACAAGGGAAGGAAGAGUUGUUUCUACCAUUGUAACUAAUUUUGUGACUGGAUUGUCUGUCAGCUCUGGUGUAGCCAAUGGCAUCAACAUCCUUGAAAAUGCUUGGACUAUAAAAGAGCAAGAAGAGUGGCUCUCUCUGCAAGGUUUUCAGCUUGCAGUAUCUGUAUUGUUCUUCGCUCACUCUCUGGCAAAUUUCCGAACUGCCCGCUCUGUAGUUGUGGAAACCCAAACUCAAGUGUUAAAUGAUCAUAGUGCUGGCUUAAGCAGAAGGCAACGCAAUUUAUUUGCUGGGAUGCAGAGGGAUACUUUGAAUGUUGAACCUGACCCUAUCAUAGGUCGUGCUAAAAUAAUUAAGGAUUUAAACCACAUAUCAAAUAAAAGUGAAUUUUUUGGUCAAAUUCUGAAAUCAAAUAAGCAAGCAAGGAAGAAUGACCAGCCAGUUCAGAGGUUCAAAUUUGGCAAUUUGGUUCAGGGUACACAAGAUGGACCAAUUAAUCAAGCGGUACAGACCUCAUCACCUGCUCAGAAUGUCUUCCUGAGACAAACUACUGCUUUCUCACCUUUGGAACCUACACAAUUCAAGAAUGUAUCUCCUAGGUACCUCCGGCCUCAUGAACCAGCUUUGGUAACUGAAAUCAGGGGCUGCCUACAGGGUUUUUCUUCCUGUGAUAUAGGGGUUUUCUUAAACCUCUUAAAUGAAGUUUGUGAAAGGUUUAAAUAUGGAAGAUUAUGCAUGUCAGCCAUUCGAAUAGUUAUUGAUAUGUAUAAUUGUAGAAAUGCAAGUGAGGCAAUGUAUAUUCUAAAGAAUGUGAUGGCAUUUUGGGAUGAGUUAGUUGAAAAUUACAAGGAUUGGAGGAGUCGGUCAAGAGCACCAGAAACAGAAUCUGAUAAUAAUGAAUGUGAAGACUCUGGAAAUCUCCCACUGGACGUGGAGGAAAUAAUGGAUGAGAUUGUGGGUGAUGUCGACUUUAUUCCUGAACAUUUUUAUCAUUUAGGUAGUAUAGAGAUGGAGGAAGAGGUUUACCAUUUCCCUGUAGAUCAUCUGGAAUGGGGUGCGGAGGGUGAACUAGCACCUGAAGAUUAUGUUUUGAUUGCUCAGAACUCUUUUGGCACAAGCACACAAAGCUGCAACAUUAUGCACCAAGGUAACACAGCAAAUGUUUUUCUUGAGCACCAUGGUCUUGUAAAAAUAAUAAGCUCUGUCAAACAACAGAUAAUAAUUUUAAAAAAAUUUAAGAAGCUGGAGUGAAGUACUAUUUUUAUAAAAAUGUAGACCAAAUUUGUAAUGCAGGGUCACAAAAGCUAUGUUAUGUGAAUGACACUUAGAAUGUAGUGUAGGAAAAGUAAGUUUGCAUUGCAACAUCUCAUUAGAAUAAGUUGUUUUUGUCAUUUAACUCCUUGACCAAUAAUAAUUAUUAGAAAUGUAUUUAUCGUAUAUCGGACUAGCAUAUCAACUCUUACUCGGGCUGGAUGACACACUUGUAUUUUUAUUUGACCAAAUAAGAUUUAAUUUGCUUUUCAAUAAAAAUUUGCAGCCCAUUCCUUGCUG